GACUCUGGCCAUAGACACAUUGUAGCUUUGCGUCCUGAUGAAAAUAUCAAAGUGUGCAGUGUCCUUGUGUUGUGUCAGAGAGUGGAGGUGUCGCAGUGACAGGCCCGGAGCACCAGAGAGGAGCACCAGAGAGCACAGAGUAUCCGACCUACUGUCACUGUCCUCGGCCGUGAGGGGAACCACAAAGUCCCUCCUCUUGACAGACUGAUCCCCGGCGCUGUGGAGCCGCUUUCUCCUUGGAUGACCUACACGCAACCUCUCUCAGGAGCAGCGGACGUCGCUUCAUUACUACAGACCUAACAACACACCUGCAGCAGACAGACGGUAUAUCAACAGAGAGACUCCUGCAGGCUUUCAGGCCGAGUCUGGAGCAACAAAACAAGACACGCUGCUCUUCGUUUCUCCUCCAGCACCAGCACCGCGGCUGCAGCGUCAGGAGCAGCUGACUGGAAGUUCACUACAGUCAAUGUGCGCACCUGAUCAUUAAGAAGACAGACAGCUCGUUAUAAACACACAGAGACACCACAGAAGAUCUGGGCGUUCACAUGAUGUACACAAUCACCCGAGGUCCCAGCAAACUUGUUACACAACGGAGGACAGGUCCCACACAGCAAGUCGAGAGCAAAUUCAGCGACUUGAAGCUCAAGCCGACGUCUUGGCUCUCAUCAGACUCUCCGCCCCCAAAGAUUGUGUUCAAUCGUCUGAACGGGAAGCGCUACCACGGUGGAGCCACACAGAAGACCGCCAGCCCACCAGAGGGAUUCACUCCUGCACAUGAAGAGAACGUCAGAUUUGUGUAUGAAGCAUGGCAGGAGGUGGAGCAGAAGCUGGGAGAUGGUGACGGUGGGGAGUCAACUGACAGCCAGGGGCCCAUUCAGUACACUGAGAAGACUCCCAGUGCUGCGAUGAAGAACUUUGUGCCCAUAGACCUGGAGGAGUGGUGGGCUCAGCGCUUCCUUGCCAACAUUGCCAACCUGUCAUGACUGGGUGAGGCUCUAAGGUGGGAUAGGAAGCACCGCGUUGAUGCUCCAUCGUGAGGGCAUCACGAACCUAGAUGGGAGGCGAGUGAGUCUCCACGAUCUGCAGUGCGAAAGGGUCGUGCAUAAUUUGGAAUCUGAUUUGAUGCCCUGUGCUUCAAGCUGCUGUAGAGGAAACUGGGUGCACUACACAAAUUGUACCCCCUGAUGCAACAACAGCGACCUGACUGUGAACUUUGACAGCGCUGACUUGAGGUUGUGCUGCUAUGAAGGACCAGUCUCUUUCUACAUGAAUGACGUAUUGGAUAGAAGUUGUGAGAACCCUGCCUACUUUCUCAAGUGUUCUCAGCUGUAUGUACGUCAUGGCCAGAUAUAAAUCUAUUGAAGAGCAAAAAAAAGUAAAAUGUUUUUCAAAAAUG